GUAACCACGUCUUUGUUUCUUCGAGUCACUGCACCAAAUCAACCCUUAAGGCAACCUCCGACAUCUCUCCAACAUCUGAUCUAUAAAGCCUACAUCCUGCAUGCUGAAGUGUUUGCCUCAGUUACUCUGCGUUACUCAUCUUCCCUCCCGCACCGUUGUCAUAACCUCCUACUAGCUACUUCCAACAAACGCGGUGACCUUUUCCGAGGACGACUAGGCGUGAAAACAAUAUCGGGCAUGGCCAACCUCAACGUUACAAUCCCAGCUCUCAAGCUUAAUGAUGGCGCCUCGAUUCCUAUGCUUGCCUAUGGCGUGGGAACGGCUUGGGGAAAGAAGGAAGAGGGCAAGCUCGACCAAGCCAUUGUCGACGGUGUGAAAACUGCAAUUAAGCUUGGUUACUACCAUCUUGAUGGUGCGGAAUCAUACAAGAACGAGACAGAGCUUGGUCAAGGCAUCAAGGAGAGUGGUGUCGACCGCAGUAAGCUUUUUGUCACCACCAAGGUGUGGGAACCCACAGGCGAGGCUGGCGAUAUUGAACGGGCGCUCAAGCAGAGUUUGAAAAAACUUCAGCUAGACUAUGUCGAUCUCUACCUCAUCCACUCCCCCUUCUGGGCGAAGUCGGAGCAAGACCUGCAGAACACCUGGGCUGAGAUGGAAGCGGUACAGAAGGCCGGUCUCGUCAAGACCAUCGGUGUCUCCAACUACCGUCCCCAGGAUCUUGAAGCUGUCCUAAAGACUGCUAAAGUGACUCCUGCUGUGAACCAAAUCGAGUUUCACCCUUACCUCCAACGUGUGGAGACUCUGGAAUUCCACAAGAAGCACGGCAUCGCGACCACGGCUUACGGACCUCUUACAGCAGUCACCAAGGCAGCGCCAGGUCCAGUUGACGACGUCUUCUCUGGCCUCGAGAAGAAGUACGCCGUCAGCGCGGGCGAGAUCAGCCUUAGAUGGUGCAUCGAUCAGGAUGUUGUACCUAUCACGACUUCAAGCAAAGAGCAGCGACUGAGCGACUAUCUGAGGGCAGCGACUUUUAAGCUGACGCCUGCCGAGAUCAAGCAGAUCAACGAGGCUGGCCAGAAGAAGCACUUCCGAGGUUUUUGGGCGAAGAAAUUCGGGGAUGAAAGUCGACUAUAGAUGCGAAGCUGUAAGCUUUUGUCACUCGAUGGGUGAAACUCAAUGAGGUGCAUGGAAAUGAAGGCAUUGGUUUCGAGCCUUGGAGAUACGCCGUACGAGCGGUAUGACGUGUACUGUGUAGCAUAUGGAAUUAACGAUGACAAAGAAGUGAUAAUCGUUCGAGCGUGGUAACAGGGCAGGCAUAUUGCAC